AUGGAAGUGCCGGCGCGGACUCACAACACGUUUCUCAAAAAGCUUCCGUUUCGUAAACGACAUCAGCGUCACGGCAGACCGUACCAGGAACGAGUGGCUGCGGACCCACCACCUCGCGACAGUGUUGUGACGGCAUACCAUGUGGUGAGUCUGGAGUGUUCCAGAAGCUUUCCUCUGCACCAACUGAGUGGCGAUUAGCGCUCCUUGAGCACCUCUGCCACCAGCGUACAGCAUGCUACAGUCACCAAUCAGCCGAAGGAUAGGCCCAUCUCCGCGGAUGGCUCGAAAGAGUCUCUGGCCGACCCGAGACUUUCUCCACAAUCUGCCACGGUACCUCCGUACACCCCCAUGCCGAUACCAACCCGAGUCUCUAGCGCUGCCAAUAUCAGGCCGGGCGACCAAGCACCUGGACGGACAACACGUCUGCAGCAACGGGAUGUCCAUGGAAAUCUACCCAACGGCGAUGGAGAGCCUGACGACUUGUCGUUGAACCUGCCUGGAUUCGACGACGAUGCAUUUCAACCUAGACCAUCAGUCUCCCGGAUGGCAAGCCCGAUCCCUGGAAGAUCGCGGCCGACAUCACCUCGCGUAAACAACCGGAAUGGCCUCGUCGAGAUGCCCUCAAUUGAUCAGUUCCCACGGCCACCUGGUGGUCCGCCAGGUCGACGCCAGCUUGUCUCCGAUGCUGGCCCUGUGACACUUGGAGACGAUGCCCUCCUCCAGCUUCAAACGCCGUCGCCGGAUAAGAGCGAUAUUCAGAACACCGAGCCGAAUGUCGCUGAUGACGCCGAAUCUUGGGAUCUGAUCAAGCCAGGCGAGCAAUCGGGAGGGGCGAAUCUAUACUCCCUCGAAAAACGGGCAGAGCAGCUCUACAGUUCCGAGCAUCUCCGUAUUAUUCUUGACGAUCCGAAACUUCUUCUCAAAUUCUCCACGAUACUUCGAAAGUACCGGCCGUGGAGAGUUCCCGUCUUGAGCCACUACCUCGCCGCCUGCAAAGCCCUGCGAGCCUUGGAUUACACCAAUUCACUCACUCGGCUGCUGUCCACUAUCCCGCAUGACAGUGCCCUGUCUACCCCUGAGCUCGCCACCAAUCCACAGUUGGAGGCUGUUGCCAAGGAGUCCUUUGCCGCACUGCUGAGCGACGAUCUCCACUACUACAUCACCCAUGCCUGGAUCAAGAUUGUAAGCAGCAUUGUUCAGCGCCGCAUCACAGGCACUUUACCACCUCAUCUCCUCGAGACCAGUCACGGCUUGGCCGAAGUCUUCUGUAUUACCGACCCCAGCCGCCAUGAUAAUCCCAUCAUCCUUGCUUCCGAAGCCUUCACCCGUCACUCAGGAUGCAGUCUCGAAUACGUGUUGGGCCGUAAUUGCAGAUUCAUGCAAGGUCCUGGCACAACGAUUGAUUCUGUUCGCCGGUUCGCAAUCUCUUGUCAGGAGGGCAAGGACCACACCGAGAUCCUGUAAGUUAAUUUCAAGUUAGCUUUCCGUGUCUCGCUGACAAUUUUUCGCAGCGUCAACUACCGUCGCGAUGGAAGUCCAUUCCUCGCCAUGGUGUUGAAUGCACCAUUGCUUGACAGGUGAGUGACGGCAUGCGAAACGGACGUGAAGGCUUGGUGACGUUCGCUAACGUCAAUUGCCAGUCGCGGUAAAGUUCGCUACUUUCUAGGUGCACAGGUGGACGUCUCUGGCCUACUCCGCGGAUGUGGCGGUAUCGAAAGCUUGCGACGUCUUGUGGAAGAAGAAGAUGAGGCCAAGGAAAAGGGCGACGAGAACCAGAGCCAAGAUCAGAUCUUACCCAAGGAAAUGAGGCCAAAAUCGUCGCAUUCUGAAUUCAAAGCCUUGAGCGACAUGUUCAACGCAGCCGAGCUUAAUACCGUCCGAAAGACCGGGGGUUCUCUGCAGAGCGGCUUGGACUACAUUUCGGAUCCCACUAGCAUCAAGACACCAUCGCGUUCCAGCCGGGUACUUCUGGAGGAUGGAACCGACCAGUCUGAGGAGGCCGAAGUUGGAGAACCAGUCCCCCCCGAGUGCGCUUCAUCAAGCGUUUCCUCCCAAGGGCUCAGCUACAAGAAUGGAGGCGGCGUACCGGGAAACCUGCCCGGUAUCUACAAGCUUGUAAGUUGCGGCCUACUGGGAACGGCAGUCCCUUCACUAACUCGGUGUACAGUACCUCCUGAUCCGCCCGUAUCCAUCCCUCCGGAUUCUGUUCGCUUCGCCAACCCUCCGCACUCCUGGCAUCUUGCAAUCCCCCUUCCUGGACCGCAUCGGCGGCAGCGCACGUAUGCGCCAAGACCUCGAAUCCGCGCUUCGCCAUGGCCGUGCCGUCACUGCGAAGAUCAAAUGGCUUGGGUCGGCCAGUCAGAACGGAGAGGGCGAGGGCAAGACCCGAUGGAUCCAUUGCACGCCACUCAUUCACUACUCCGGCCAAGUCGGACUGUGGAUGAUCGUCUUGGUGCGGCCGAAUCCGAACGACGAUAGCAUGUCUGUACUCCAAUGGUAG